AUGAAAGAUCCAUUUCCUUUGCAGCCUUCGCCCUGGCUAUCAGAAAAGACACAGCCCUGGGCUGACUAUUUUGACCUGCCUACACUCCCGCUGCACAUACACGAAGUUCUGGCCGCAGCGUUGUUAUACUCGGUCAUCUUCUGGCCUAUAUCACCAUGGAUCUCCAACCUUCUGGCCCCGGAGCACUACUCCAAACUUCCUCGCAAGCGACGGCUCAACUGGGACGCCCACGUUGUUUCCAUGGUUCAGAGCUGCCUAAUCAAUACCCUGGCUAUAUGGGUAAUGUUCGUCGAUGCUGAGAUGAGCAACAUGGAAUGGGAGGAGCGUAUUUGGGGUUAUACUGGUGGUGCUGGGUUCAUCCAGGCUCUUGCAGCUGGAUACUUCCUCUGGGAUUUAGUAGUCACCAGCAUUAACCUCGAUGUUUUUGGCUUGGGAACCUUGGCGCACGCAAUCGCCGCAUUACUUGUCUACUCGCUCGGCUUCCGUCCAUUUCUCAACCACUACGCCUGUGUCUUCAUCCUCUGGGAGUUAUCCACACCUUUCCUCAAUGUUCACUGGUUUAUGGAUAAAAUUAACAUGACGGGUACGCGCGCGCAACUAUAUAAUGGCGUCAUGCUUCUUUUCACCUUCUUCUCCUGCCGGCUUAUUUACGGAACUUAUUCAUCCUUCCGUGUUUACCGCGACGUGUGGUCCGCCAUUAAUGUUAACCCCGACAUGAAGGCACUCGAUUUGCCAACCAUGUCAUUUGCGCACCCAGACUCCACGGUGCCCAUGUGGAUUGGCGUCGCCUAUUUGGCCAGCAACGUCACCCUCAACAGUCUUAAUUUUUACUGGUUCUUCAUGAUGAUUCGCGCCGUACGUAAGCGGUUUGUGCCUACGGCUGAAUCAGAGGAAAAGAUUCAAGAGAGCCCAGUGACUGAGGCUGAGAUUGAUCUGUCUUCCGUCUCAACAGGUUUAUCCAAGCCCACUAGCGGUCGUCGCCGCAAGGCAUGA